ACGGCGUGGUUUUGAAAUAUCACUGUUCCUCCAUUCAGGAUUUGAAAGUGAAUAUAUUUUCAGUUACCUUUACAAAUACACUGUGGUGUGAUGGAAAGCUAUCAAAAAAUGUCUACAGCCAAGCACAGGAUGCGCGAUAAGAAGAUGAGGAACCAGCCGACCAACGUCACCUAUUCCUCCCAGGGCAGCUCACACUGGAGGAACGGAGGGGACACUCAUACAGGUCGAGGCCGUGAUCUGUCUCCACAUCCAUGGGGCCAGGGGUCCUCCCACUCUGGCCAUGCCCAGGGAGGGGGUUGGGUCCGGGGCCACCAGAGAGAAGGACACGGGGGAUACCCGCAGGCUCUGCCCACACACAUCACUGCCUCAGCGUUUGCCAAGGCCCGGGCUGCAGAGGUGAACGCCAUGUUGAUGGCCGUCACCAAGACAACAGGCAGCUCCCAUGUGUUUGGAGCUCUUCCUAAACACAUGAGGAGGAGGGCCAUGAGUCAUAACACCAAGAGACUGCCCUGCAGGCUGAGAGACAUGGCCAACAACAUGUUGGAGAAGAGUCAGAAGGCUGGUCAGAAGGUGAAGAAGGAACAGUCCAAGAGCAAGAGCCGUAAAGCCCGGCGUCGCCACGGCAACAUGCUUCUGGAAUUCAACCGUCGCCAGCGGAAGAACCUGUGGCUGGAGACGCACAUCUGGCACGCCAAGCGCUUCCACAUGGUCAAGAGAUGGGGCUACUGUCUGGGAGACAGGCCAACCUACAAGUGUUACAGAGCCUGCUACAGAGCCAUGAGCUCCCACUGUCUACUACAGGACAUGUCGUACUACUGCUGUGUGGAGUUACAGGGGCCAGGGGAACAGCUGUUAGCUGCUCUGUCUAAGCUGACCAGCAAGGAAACUGGGCCUACGUUUGCAGCAGCCAUGUGUGUGUCAGGCAGGAGACAGGGCAGUGUGGUGGUGUACAGAGCAGGACAGUACCCUCUCCAGCCCCUGGGGCCUGUCACAUUCCUCUGGAGACCCACAACACAGGGCCGGAGGGGCCAGGAGGACCAGGGCUCCCAGGGAUCAACACACAGACAGCUGUGGAUCUGGGCUCACCCCACCAUGAAAACGGACCUCCUCCCAGAGCUGCAGGCUGUCUGUCAGUGUUCUGAGGCUGUCCUUCCACCUGCUCCAGUGGACCUCCCUGUCCCACAGCCAGCCCCUACCCCCACCUUGGCCCCCGGUCCUGGGGCUUGUCCUGAGGCGGUGCCGGCCUCUAGUUCUGGUUCUAAGAGGAAGUGGUCCUCCAGGGAGCCUGAGGCUGCUGGGCCACCAGCCAAGAAGCUCCUGGGAUACAGUACCAUUUCUGCUACCACACCCGUAACCUGGAGGUCCAGUACCACUGGUAUAGUCAUCAGUGACCUCACCAUGGAGAUGGUGCGGUAUCGUCUGAUUGGACCUCUAUCACAUUCCGUUCUGACUGAAACCCUGGCCCCUGCCACACACUGUGAUGCUACAGGUAAAUCCAGACCAUCUCCCUUCUGGUGGCCAGAUCACUGCAGAGACGACUGUAACAUGUCUCUUCAUCAACAACAAGCUGGUGUCUUCAACAUGCUCAAAGGUGUGUACUCCACAGCGGAGGUCCCAGCUGGCUCAGUUCUGGGUCUGACGGUGGAUGACCCCAGAUUGACCUUACCAAACAAGAGAAGCAAGGCAGUGUCCGACAUCAGGAAGGCACAAGGAGUGAACGAGGAGAGGAGGAGGGAACUGAUGUUGAAGGGGAUCCCUGAACCCCUCAGCCAGAGUUCCCUGUGGGACCGGUCUGUCCGCGACAACGUCACACACAACAAGAUGACAGACCAGGAAGUAAACAGACUGCGUAAUGAUGUUCUGGUCCCAGGCUCCAGACUCCCCACCCCCCUGCAGGGUAGAGUACCCGUCCUACUGGUGCAGCAGUCUGGGAAGAGCCAGGGCACAGAGAUGGGGUCCUGGGGGGCGGGAUGGGACCUGCUGCUACCCAAGGCCUGGGGCAUGGCCUUCUGGGUCCCUCUGGUUUAUAGAGGAGUACGUAUCGGAGGGCUGAGGAUGAGUCUGAAACACGCCCAGAAUAAAGGAGAGCCUCACUUUCCCCACGACUACCCAGACUGCCCUGCAGGAGCACGCUUCCAGGAAGAGCAGGAGGCUGAGCUGCUGGCCAAGUUCAGGAGGCGCCCACCAGCCAAACGGACCAAUUACAUCAAACAUGGCUGCCUGGCUCCGUUCCGUUGUCCCUGGCAACAGCUGGUCGAGGAGUGGGAGCUGAUCGUGAAGGAGGGAGGAGGAGGAGGAGAGGAGGCAGUCGCAUCAAUGGAACAGGAAGUGACACCACCCCAGAGUAACUUCACAGUCUUGAGGAACAGGAAGUCUCUAAGGCAGCUGUCCGCUUGGUGUCGCCCCACAUCCUCUAAAUGUCAGAGGGCACGUAACCCGGGAUCAACACCACAGCUCAACCGUAACGUUGCAGCGUCUCUCCUCUCGGCACACGGUGGCAGCAGCCUGGUGUGGAUCCGUCUCUCCCUCGUCACCAAGGGCCAACCGGAGCAGCACGCCCUGGUGUGUGUCCCCACCGCAGAGGACCUCCAGCUGGUACGUAAGGAGCCGGGCUGCACAGGGCCCCAGGAGCCUCUCCACACUGACCACUUCAAGAGCCGCGUCAAACGGCCACGCAAGAAGGACCACAACAAACCUGGAACCACCUCCUCUUCCUCCACCAAGCCUGAAAACAAGCAGUCUGACCCUGCCUCUACCUCGGUCCCUGGUGUCAACCCUGGUCCUGAUCCUAGCUCCUCAUCUAGCCUCACCAACCCCUCUUCCUCCGCCAAGCAGUCUGACCCUGCCUCUACCUCAGUCCCUAGUGUCAACCCUGGUCCUGAUCCUAGCUCCUCAUCCAGCCUCACCAACCCCUCUUCCUCCUGUACCUCAGCCCUGACUCUGGGUCUCUGGCCGGAACCCCUUCCCAGCGUCACCUCCCACUGCUCCAGGGUGACUCUGGGCUGGGUGACCCAGGGGGACUUCUCCCUGUCGGCUGGCUGUGGAGAGGCUCUGGGGCUCCUCAGCCUUACUGGUCUCCUACACACCCUGCUCAGACAGCCUGAAGGCCAGAGAGGACUGGUGCUGCUACGGAACCCCGGGUCACUGCAGUACCGAUUCGCUAAGAUCAACAUAGAGGUCUGAGGAGUACUGCAGGUUCAAUCCCACAUCACAACAGUACCGCUUCCCUAAGAUCAACAUAGAGGUCUGAGGAGUACUGCAGGUUCAAUCCCAUAUCACAACAGUACUGCUUCCCUAAGAUCAACAUAGAGGUCUGAGGAGUACUGCAGGUUCAAUCCCAUAUCACAACAGUACCGUUUCUCUAUGUAAAGCCACAGACUGUGUUCUGAAUAAAACACUGUGCCUAGUGCGAGUCCCUUCACCCCAACCCCUGUUAGGGGUACUAGAUAUGAAAUAAAACACUGUGCCUAGUGUGAGUCCCUUCACCCCAACCCCUGUUAGGGGUACUAGAUAUGAAAUAAAACACUGUGCCUAGUGUGAGUCCCUUCACCCCAACCCCCGUUAGGGGUACUAGAUAUGAAAUAAAACACUGUGCCUAGUGUGAGUCCCUUCACCCCAACCCCCGUUAGGGGUACUAGAUAUGAAAUAAAACACUGUGCCUAGUGUGAGUCCCUUCACCCCAACCCCCGUUAGGGGUACUAGAUAUGAAAUAAAACACUGUGCCUAGUAUGAGUCCCUUCACCCCAACCCCCGUUAGGGGUACUAGAUAUGAAAUAAAACACUGUGCCUAGUAUGAGUCCCUUCACCCCAACCCCUGUUAGGGGUACUAGAUAUGAAAUGCCUGGCAUGCACACACAACAUUACACACAUUGAAUGACACAUUGUUUGAGUGGAAUAAAUUCCCUGUAAGGUUUUCUGGGAUUUUUUUCAUUCGAGUUGAAAUGACAGUUAUUUUUUUUUAGUUCAAUAUUGUUUUCACCGAAGGGACUGCCUUCAGAUUGUCACUGGGUGUGUACCGGUUCUGUAGAGAAGACACCAGUCUGUACCGGCUCUGUAGAGAAGACACCAGUCUGUACUGGCUCUGUAGAGAAGACACCAGUCUGUACUGGCUCUGUAGAGAAGACACCAGUCUGUACCGGUUCUGUAGAGAAGACACCAGUCUGUACCGGUUCUGUAGAGAAGACACCAGUCUGUACCGGUUCUGUAGAGAAGACACCAGUCUGUACCGGUUCUGUAGAGAAGACACCAGUCUGUACCGGCUCUGUAGAGAAGACACCAGUCUGUACCGGUUCUGUAGAGAAGACACCAGUCUGUACCGGUUCUGUAGAGAAGACACCAGUCUGUACUGGCUCUGUAGAGAAGACACCAGUCUGUACCGGUUCUGUAGAGAAGACACCAGUCUGUACUGGCUCUGUAGAGAAGACACCACUCAUUCUUUGGUUUGCCUCGAUUCCCAUUUUUUGUGAAAACAGUUCUUUGUUUGGAUUUGAGAGCUCGAAGUUGAAAUGGUUGACAAUAAAAAAUCCCUCCACUCCAAUCUGAGUUACCUAAAGUCUAUUCCCUGUCAAACACUGUGUUAGUUACUGUAUAGUGUAGCCUGGCCUGCACAGCGAUCGCUACUGUUUACUGCACAUGGUAGUUGUCUUGCUAACGGUGUGUAGCCUGGCCUGCACAGCGUUCGCUACUGUUUACUGCACAUGGUAGUUGUCUUGCUAACGGUGUGUAGCCUGGCCUGCACAGCGUUCGCUACUGUUUACUGCACAUGGUAGUUGUCUAGCUAACGGUGUGUAGCCUGGCCUGCACAGCGUUCGCUACUGUUUACUGCACAUGGUAGUUGUCUUGCUAACGGUGUGUAGCCUGGCCUGCACAGCGUUCGCUACUGUUUACUGCACAUGGUAGUUGUCUAGCUAACGGUGUGUAGCCUAGCCUGCACAGCGAUAGCUACUGUUUACUGCACAUGGUAGUUGUCUAGCUAACGGUGUGUAGCCUGGCCUGCACAGCGUUCGCUACUGUUUACUGCACAUGGUAGUUGUCUUGCUAACGGUGUGUAGCCUGGCCUGCACAGCGUUCGCUACUGUUUACUGCACAUGGUAGUUGUCUUGCUAACGGUGUGUAGCCUAGCCUGCACAGCGAUAGCUACUGUUUACUGCACAUGGUAGUUGUCUAGUGAGACCUAGUUAGCUAGCUAACCGGUGUGUAGCCUAGCCUGCACAGCGAUAGCUACUGUUUACUGCACAUGGUAGUUGUCUAGUGAGACCUAGUUAGCUAGCUAACCGGUGUGUAGCCUAGCCUGCACAGCGUUCGCUACUGUUUACUGCACAUGGUAGUUGUCUAGUGAGACCUAGUUAGCUAGCUAACCGGUGUGUAGCCUAGCCUGCACAGCGAUAGCUACUGUUUACUGCACAUGGUAGCAGUAA